CUGAGGAGUGAGGGCCGGCGGUCUCAUUCAGCACUAUUCGUUUAUUGUAGUAUGAGCGUUAAAUUUAACGCAGUCUGUCCGGUCCUUUAGUGGGCUAAUUUAUAGGUGACCUAUGGUGUCGCGCCCGGUUACCUGACUCCCUUCAGUACGAGCUUCUGCUGUGCGGUACAUUAACUGUUAUAUAUUACACGCAUGCGGAUACAGGACUCCCGGUGAUGACAUUCGCCGCUGUAGAGGCUGCGGGCGGGCGGGCUAGCGGCAGCGGCAUUAGCGCGGAGAGCCAGUGAUCUGUGUUAGCUCUGCGUGGCUCUGUACACGGGCUGUGGCGGGAUCUCGGAUCGCGGAACAGGGGAUUAAGUUACACCUGAGACACACAAACCCGACAGCGCACAGAGAACAGAGCCGGUUUUUGGUGUUCUCUGGCUCAGCUAAAAGAUGGUGAAGCCAGACAUCCACACUCUGGCCCACCACCUGAAGCAAGAAAGACUGUAUGUGGCUUCAGAGAAGCAACUUAUCCAGAGGCUGAAUGGGGAGGUGCUGAAGACAGCAGAAAGGCUCUACCGUGCAGCCUGGAUAGCCAAGCAGCAGAGGAUUAACCUUGAUCGUCUCAUCCUUACCAGUGCAGAGGCCUCCCCUGCUGAAUGCUGUCAGCAUGCCAAGGUUUUGGAGGACACACAGUUUGUGGAUGGCUAUAAGACACUGGGCUUUCAGGAAAGCGUUUAUGGAGAAUUCCUUGGGAGGCUAAGGGAGAAUCCACGGUUAGUGGCCUCCUGUCUCGUCGCUGGAGAGAGGCAUAACCAAGAAAAUACACAAGGAGUUAUCCACACUGUUUUCACCUCACUCUAUGGCAACUGUAUCAUGCAAGAGGAUGAGAGUUACCUGCUGCAGGUCCUACGUUACUUAGUUGAGUUUGAGCUGAAGGAGAGCGACAACCCACGGCGACUACUGCGGCGUGGUACGUGUGCAUUCAGCAUUCUUUUCAAGCUCUUCUCCGAGGGCCUGUAUUCUGCCAAACUCUUCCUCACUGCUACUUUGCACGAGCCCAUAAUGCAGCUACUGGUGGAGGAUGAAGAUCACUUGGAGACUGAUCCAGCAAAGCUGACCGAACGAUUUACCCCCGCCCAACAAGAGCGCCUGUUUGGGGAGAAAGGGUCUGAUGGUUACCGUCGUAAAGUGCAGGCAGCUGUGGAAUCCAAUGAAGCUAAGCUAGUGGCCCUGGUCAACUCCUUCAUUGGCUACCUGAAGCAGAAUACCUACUGCUUCCCCCAGAGUUUGCGCUGGAUUGUGUCUCAGAUGUACAAGACUCUGGCGCGGGUGGAGAGACUGGAUGUGGGGGAGGUGAAAACUAUGUGCACAGACCUGCUGCUCACAUGCUUCAUAUGCCCGGCCAUUGUGAACCCUGAACAGUAUGGAAUUAUCUCAGAUGCUCCGAUCAAUGAGGUGGCACGCUUCAAUCUCAUGCAGGUGGGGCAGUUAUUACAACAGUUAGCCAUGGCUGAUGCAGAUGAUGGAGAUCCUCGACGCAAAAGCAGUUUAUCAAAGUUUGAUAAAAGUUGUGUUGCUGCCUUUUUAGAUGUUGUAAUCGGUGGAAGAGCUGUGGAGACCCCUCCCAUGUCAUCAAUGAAUCUUUUAGAAGGCCUCACUCGAACUGUGGUCUACAUCACACAUAAUCAGCUCCUGGCUUUGUUGGACUUUGUCCGGAGUGUGACUGCAGGUGACCAGCUUAGAGAGGAAGAACUCCUAGCUUUGGAGACCCUGCUAUCCAGUGUUCCACAGUCCCAUACAGUCAAGAGCAACAGCUUGGAGCUGACACCUUCCAACACACCUCAGCUUUCCCCAGCUACUACACCUGCUAACAAGAAGAACAGGCUGCCCAUAGGACAACAGUUAGCUGCCAUAACGUGUUGGGAUUCCUCUGCUACAGCCCUGUCUGCUCAUAUUCCUUUAGUAGCCCCGUUUGCCUCACGCAGCCGGUCCCGCUCCAACAUCGCCCAGGACAGCGAGCCUGACGCUAGCUCCCAAGACUCCCAGCAGGAGGUCCUGCCUGAGGAGGUUCUGGUCAUCUCACUGGGAACGUCCCCUCAGACUGUGCCCGGAAUGAUGUCAGAGAAUGAGGUCCUGAACUUGCAGCUGUCCGAUGGAGGUCAAGGAGACGCACCAGCAGAUGAGACGAAGCUGCACGGGAAACCUGACAAAACCCUGCGCUUUUCACUCUGCAGCGACAAUCUGGAGGGCAUCUCUGAAGGACCUUCAAACCGCUCCAACUCUGUCUCCUCACUGGACCUGGAAGGGGAAUCGGUCUCAGAAUUGGGCCCAGGGCCAUCAAGCAGCAAUGGUGUUGAAGCUCUACAGCUGCUAGAGCAUGAACAAGCCACUACGCAGGAUAAUCUGGAUGAUAAACUCCGCAAGUUUGAGAUUCGGGACAUGAUGGGGCUGACGGAUGAUCGGGAUAUUUCAGAGACAGUCAGUGAAACCUGGAGCACUGAUGUCCUUGGCAGCGACUUUGACCCUAAUAUGGAUGAAGACAGACUUCAAGAAAUAGCCGGAGCCACAGUGGAGAACAUGCUGGGGAGUCUGCUGUGUUUGCCAGGACCUGGCUCUGUUCUUCUGGAUCCUUACGGUUCUACAAUUUCUGAGACAACGAGUGAGGCUUGGAGUGUGGAGGUCCUACCCAGUGACUCAGAAACUGCAGAUUUGAAGCAGGAGGAACGGCUGCAGGAGUUGGAGAGCUGCUCAGGAGUGGGCAGCACUUCAGACGACACGGAAGUGAGAGAGGUCAGCUCCCGACCCAGCACGCCCGGGCUGAGUGUUGUCUCAGGAAUUAGUGCAACAUCUGAAGACAUUCCUAACAAGAUUGAAGACCUUCGUUCAGAAUGCAGCUCAGACUUUGGAGGCAAAGACUCUGUAACCAGCCCAGACGGAGAGGAAUCUACACAAGGAGCCCAAGCUGACUCUCUGCUGGCCAUGUUUGACCCUCUCUCUUCAGGAGAAGGCUCAUGUACAGGCACUAUAGUUCGUCCUAAGGUGCACUACGCCAGGCCUCCACAUCCUCCCCCAGAUCCUCCCAUCCCAGAGGCCAGUGCUGUGGGGCCGUCUGAGCCCCGUCCCUCACUCUUUGCCCCUCACUGUCUGGUCCAGUCUGAGCUGGAGCACGGGAAGCAGAGGCACUCGUACCCCGAGCGCCUGGUCCGGAGCCGCAGCACAGAUGUAGUGUCUGCAGGACGCAGACCCAACAGUGACCCGGGCCUUAACCGCAGAACCAUGUUAGAGGAGAGGGACCAGGCCAAUGUUUAUUCAGCAGGACCCACAGCCUCGCCCAGCAAAGACUCCCUGCGCAUGGAGCCUGAAGAUAGGAAAGACAGUGACGAUGAGAAGUCGGACAGAAACAGACCCUGGUGGAAGAAGCGUUUUGUUCCUGCCAUUCCUAAAGUGCUCUAUUGGACUGCAGAGAGUGAGAUCCCAGCACCGAUUGCAGCAUUCCGAAAGCGGGACAAGCAGGAGAAGGAUGAGCAAGGCACAGAGAGGAUGCCUCAAGCUAUAUCAGAUGAGCCAUCAUUGCAUAGGCAGAGCUGUCAUGCUCAGGCAGCAGAGGACAUAUUGGAUAAAUACAGAAAUAUCAAGAGAACCAGCCCUAGUGAGGGAGCAGCAGCUGCAGCAUAUGAUGGACCAGAGGUAUGUAGAGAGGGAGAGAGUGAACAUGAUUCACCGAGAGACGAGGGCCUGCAGAACAUCUCUACAGACGACCUGCCAGACUCGGCCAGUCAGACGGCGCAACCUCAGGACAAGUUCUCCUUCAGUGAUGCUAAGAAGAAAUUACGGAUGGCUCUGUGCUCUGCAGAUUCUAUAGUCUUUCCUAUUUUGUCUCUUGCAACUACACGGAAUGGCCUUCCUGACCAUACAGACCCUGAAGACAAUGAGAUUGUAUGCUUUCUGAAGGUGCAGCUGGCAGAGGCUAUUAACCUGCAGGAUAAAAACCAGAUGGCUCAGAUCCAGGAGACCAUGCGCUGCGUCAGCCGCCUCGACCCCCGCACUUGUAGGAAACUGCUCACUGCCAUUGCAGAGGACUACAGGAAGCGAGCACCAUACAUAGCAUAUCUGACACGGUGUCGCCAGGGUCUGCAGACAUCUCAGGCUCAUCUGGAGAGGCUGCUGCAGAGGGUACUGAGAGAUAAAGAAGUGGCCAACCGCUACUUCACUACUGUCUGUGUCCGAUUACUUCUGGAACACAUGGAGUCCAAAAUGCAGGACUUCAUCAUAGCGUUUCAGGGCUGUACUGCAGCUGAUGAUAAAACUGCAGCAGUGGAGGAUUUCCUCCGUUACCUGUAUGGGGCCAUGGCACAUGAUGCCAUCUGGCAGUAUGCAAGUGAGGAGCAGCUCCAGGAUGCCCAGAUGGCCAUUGAACGUAGCGUCAUGAAUCGCAUCUUCAAACUGGCCUUCUACCCCAAUCAGGAUGGAGACAUUCUAAGAGACCAGGUCUUGCAAGAACACAUUAAUCGACUGUCCAAAGUAGUGAGUGCCAACCACAGGGCUCUUCAAAUCCCAGAGGUCUAUCUGAAAGAGGCUCCAUGGCCCUCAGCACAGGCAGAGAUCAGGACAAUCAGUGCAUAUAAAACUCCUAGGGAUAAAGUACAGUGCAUCUUGCGUAUGUGCUCCACUAUCAUGAACCUGCUUAGCCUGGCCAAUGAGGAUGCCGUGCCUGGAGCCGACGACUUUGUGCCUGUGCUCGUAUUUGUCCUCAUCAGGGCAAAUCCUCCCUGCCUUCUGUCCACCAUUCAGUACAUCAAUAAUUUCUAUGCCAGCCGGCUGAGCGGGGAGGAGUGCUAUUGGUGGAUGCAGUUCACGGCCGCUGUGGAAUUCAUUAAAACCAUUGAUGAUCGCAAGUGAAGCAGAACAGCCACCUGUAUGGGCAGACUGUAGGAAGGGGAGAGAGAGAGAGGGAGCGAGGGAGAGAGAGAGAGAAAGAUGAGGCAUCCCAACCAAAUUCUCUCCCCUCCACCAGACCCCCCACACUAAGGCAGUGCCUCUCUUUGCCUAGUCUCUUCUGUAUAGCUGUACAUAGAGCUGCAGAAACAUUUAACAUUUAAAACAGGAAAAAAAAUACAAAAAAGUCUAUACAGUUAUAUGAAACAGGUCCUUAUUAUUAUUGUUAUGGAGAGAGGGAAAUAAGUGGGUUAUACUGAUCAUAAGCUGAUUGUAGAAUUUGGAACUACAUCUCAUCUUGUUAGUCUGUGAGUGAGAGAAGGUGGCAGGGUUCUAUUACUCUCUAUAUCAAAAGGUAGCUUGGUUAUUUAAACACAUGGUUGAACUGAAAAAGGGACCAGGCUUUCUUGCAAUGACCAUGUAAUCAUGUUUCAUUUAGAGAGGCUUUUGCGAAGAAUUAUGGACAUAUGCCUUCCUAUGUAAAUUGUACAAUCUUUUCUGAUUUAAAGCCCAUUGUCGUCAUACAUAAUCAAAAACAUAAUCAUAAAAUCUAAUUCUUAGCGCUAAGAUUUGGGUUUCCAAGUUUAUUUGGCAGUGUGUGAAAUGAAUGUAAACUGGUGUUGACCUUGUUCAUCAUUUCUUCUUUCUCAUCAGGACAAAUAGGAUUUAGGGGCCCACAUAUUUAUAUUAAAUAAAAUUGUAUUUAUUCCUUUCCUCCUGAAUUAGUUUUUUUAAUUUAAUAUUGCGUUUGUUUCAUGCAUAAUGCGGUUUAGUUAACUGGACAUAAAACAGGCAAAAAUGGUUCAAGGACAGAACAUGCAGUGUUGAAAUGAGAUUGGAAGUCUGCUGGGAGCGGAGUAUAAAUAAAUUCACCAAGCAUUUUAUUAGGGACGCUGUACUUAUACUCCUUUUACUCUGAACCCUUUUCCAUUCUGCUGUGAAGCGUGUCUGUUUGAUUCAGAUCUGGUGACUGGGAACCUACAGUCAUAUACAGUUUAUAAAACCAGUUUGAGAUGAAGUGAUGUGUGCAUCAUCAUCAUGCUGGGAGUAACUGCUAGAAGAUUGGUCAGUUGUGACCAUGAGGAAAAGGCCACAACGGGAACACAGCUUAAAUAGGCAUUAAAGAGAUGAUGGGCAUUAGGCCAGACUGCCGUAAGGUCAUUCCCCACACCACUCUCAUCAUGGUUCAUCCGACCAGGCUACAUUUUGUCUUAAAACUUAUACAUUCUGCAUACUCCUUGAUCAACCAGAUAAUUUCCGUACUCCCUUGUUCUGUCUACAUGCUAGAAAGUGAUCCAGUGUGUGAAAAACCAGAUCAGCCAAAGUAGAAAUACUCAGACCUUCAUUACCUUAAGCUGUACGGCUGCAACAAUUAGUCAAUAUAAUUGACAAUGUUGACUAUUUAAAUGUGUCAACUACAAAUUUCAUUGGCGACUAAUCAUUAAUUUGUAACAGUAUUUUAUUGCACAAAGUGCUGGGGACAGAAGUGCAAUGGGAAAUGGGUAAAAGGCUCACUCACACAAUUCACACUCAACUUAGUCUGUUGACUAAUCGAAAAAAUAAUUAUCAGAUUAUUCGAUCACCAAAUUAAUCAUGAGUUGCAGCCCUAUGAAGCUGCUGUCCGUAAUUCAUCAUGCAGCUAUUAAAUACUUGCCUGAGUAGAUGUAAAGUGUCGAUGUGUGUAUGCUUAUAUAAAUGUGCGUGCACACACACAUUCAUCUCCGUAAGUAUUUGGACAGUGGUGAUUCUUGACUUUGCAGAGCAAGUGCAGACUUUAAUUAAUUUUAAAUUUGUAAAUUUGUUAAAGCAAGAGGUCAUUAUUAGGCUGAAAAAUAUUUAGAAAAUAACAGGCAGAUUAGGAGUGGCCUAUUCAAAUGUUUGGUACAUUUUAAAAUGAAAGGAACACAACCAAUGCAACAGACAACAGUGUAAAUGACCAGGAAUUCACUGGUAACAAAUAGAAACAGCCUAAUGAAGCUUCUUUAUCUGUUUCAGCACUUCUUCAGACAACAUAUUGACAAUUCAUAUGAACAGUUUACAAGUACAUUCAUCACUCUGAAUCAACUCCAGACUUACUUAUUUACUACUUUAUUUCUCAUGAUGAGGAACCAUCUCUCUCUAUAGCUACAAAACUGUAUAUCAGUCCAGUCCAAUUCUCCAAUUACUUUUACGUUGUUGAGAAUUGAGCCUGUUCUUCCAUAAAUGGUUAAUGCAAUAUUAAUAAACCCCUUGGAUUAAAACUAAAAGAUGAUUACAAUUUGAUUCAUUUCAGAUCUACUUAGGUGGUCUAUAGAGACAUUACUAAUAGUGUGUUGCUGUCUCAAUAGUUAUGGGCCUGACUGUCUGCUCAGUAAGUCAUAAUUGUAUUAAAUGAUUUCAGUGCUCUGGGAUUAAUGAGAUUAGGGGUUAUCUGGUUUCUUUAUCAUGUGUCCAUUGUAGACCUUUUGUAUCUUGAUGACCAAUCAGUGCUUGCAUAUAUUUUUUAAAUUAAAAUGUUUAAAAAGAAAAACACUGUAGAUUCACUGCUGACUUUGGUUCAAUGUUCACUGAAUACCCAGUCUAUCUGCUCGUCAAAAUGUACCAUGAAAUGUAACUUCUUCUAUUUGUCAUUAUGCUUCUGUAUUUUCUUCUUGCCCCUUGAUCUGAAUGAUGUAUGUGUACGAAAUGGACAUCUUCAUUUUUUUGGUUGUUAACGUUUUUUUUUUUUUUUUUUGGUCCCUGGCCCUCAAGUCUAUCCUUAGCCCUGUGUCCAUAAAACAAGCCUGCAAAUCCUCUCUCUUACGAAUCACAGUAAAUAAUUUUAUCUCGCUUAGAUAACUGAUAUUAUACCAAAGCAGCAGGUUGGCAUUUUGGUAUAUGUAGUGAAUGAUUAUAGGAUUCUAAUCAAAAAAACAAAAAGCUUGUGAAUUUUUCUUUAAUUUAACUAAUUAAAAAAAGUGUUUGUAUUUGAAGUGUGUAUAAACAAAUACAAUAUAUGCACCUUGA